CCGCGGCCGCAGCGCACUGCCCCGGCUUCUGCCCGCACCGAGUGCGCCGCGGCAGCCCGAGCGCCCCGCAGACGGGCAAGUGGUCGUGGACGCCCAGCAAGCAGCCUGCAGCAUGGAUUCGGAUUCCGGGGAGCAGAGCGAGGGCGAGCCCGUGUCCGCCGCAGGUCCUGACGUUUUUAGUUCAAAGAGUCUUGCCCUUCAAGCCCAGAAGAAGAUUCUGAGCAAAAUAGCCAGCAAAACUGUGGCCAAUAUGUUGAUUGAUGACACCAGCAGCGAGAUCUUUGAUGAGCUCUACAAAGUCACCAAAGAGCACACCCACAACAAGAAGGAAGCCCACAAGAUCAUGAAAGACUUAAUCAAGGUGGCAAUCAAAAUUGGGAUCCUCUACCGGAACAACCAGUUCAGCCAGGAGGAGGUUGUUAUUGUGGAGAAGUUCCGAAAGAAGUUGAACCAGACCGCCAUGACCAUCGUCAGCUUCUAUGAGGUGGAAUACACCUUUGAUAAGAACGUGCUGGCCAAGCUCCUGCACGAGUGCAAGGACCUGGUGCACGAACUGGUACAGCGACACCUGACGCCCAGGACCCACGGGCGCAUCAACCACGUCUUCAACCACUUUGCCGACCUGGAGUUCCUCUCCACCCUCUAUCGCCUGGAUGGAGACUGUCGGCCCAACCUCAAGAGAAUUUGUGAAGGAAUCAAUAAAUUACUAGAUGAGAAAGUCCUCUGAAUGCCUUCCCUCCUCCUGGACUUUGCUGCUUUAACAUUAUGGCACCCAACCAUGGUCCGGGUGAGAAUCACAUAGCCAAGCAGAAACCCUUGUUGAAGAUGUCUGUGUUCUGUCCAUUUGUCCCUCUGAUGCUGAUGCUGAACUCAGCUCAGGUGUGUUUAUCUUCUGAGCUCUCUGACGAAGUCUGUACUUAAAAUCACUUAUGUUUGCAAGUCCAAAAGGACAUUUCAUCUAUUCUAAGCAGAUAGGCUGCUUUGCUCAUCACAGUGAGCUCAGUUCAUCUCGAGGAGUAGAAGGAGCCCUGGACCAUAUGGAUUUGGUUCCCAGCUCCGCCAGUUACAACUCUGUCCUUUGUGUCCUGGAACCACGAUGCCACCUGCCUACCUCACAGGGCUGUUGUGAGGACUGAAUGAGAUGACGUAUGUUCAUGGUUUUGAGAACACGAAUGUAAGGUCUUCGUAUUUUGUCCUCUGGGUGUGAGAGGUAUAAACCUGGAUCUAGACGAUUGAGCAGCAGAGAAGAAAAGAACAAUAGAAUCUAUAGGCUGGGUUUGCAGUCUGCCUCUAAAUGUGCCCCUUCCAACAUGGUGAAAUCCAAAGUAUGGCUGUAAAUUGGAAAAAUGUUUUCCAAGAGCUGUGUUUCUGAGUUCUUAGAUGUGCAGGUUCAUGACCCUGUGUAGGGGAACCUUCCACGGGGGUUGGGGAGAGAGUGUCCCACCCGUAACACGGAAGCAGAGAUGGUCUGUGCUCCCUCUGCAGGGCCAGCAUCCCCUCACCCAAGGGCACCAUCCACUGGGCAAUGGGAAUAAGCAUGUGAGUGGGGCAGAAUGAACCACCCCGUCUGUUCUUCUUGGCCUUUCACAGUCAUUUUCUGCUGUUUUCUCUGGUUCAUUAAUAAA